AACUGUUACAGUCAGUCAGAAACAUAUCAAAUAAAUAAUUCGUAGGAUAAAAUUACCCCCUCCUGGCAAAAUUAAACGAAUAUUAAUGAUAUUUUGGCAGGCAAUUACGAGAUUCGACUUACACAGAAAAUCGAGAUACGCGGUAUUUGCGGCCGUUUUUGGUCCCCAUUAGCCGUGUCUCUCAGGGACCACCUGUACUACAGGCGUUUCUAGUUAUUUGACGCGUGUUCGUAUGACACAUUCGUAUGGCUGUGUGUCGUUCGUAAUAAUAAAAAAACCGUUGAAAAAUAUUUAGCAUUGUUGGUAAAUCGAUUAUGAUAUUGCAUUGUGUUGCAUUAUCGUUACAUCGUUAAGCCUCCGUUUUUGGGCCGUUUUUUUUGCUUUGCCAAUCGUUUUUCGUCGCAAUAAAGGCGACCACGAGAGCGCGUGUCGUUUCAUGCCCUGUGUGCCCAUGCAAUCGCUAACCUGUUGCUAUUAACGGUAACGUCCAGCAAGUGAUAAACGUUUCCCAACCAUUAUCGGGGAAAGGGGUGUGAGGAUGUUUUCCUGUUUUUCAUUUCAAGGCCUUAACACCGUGUUACUGAAUUUAAAGGUUACCGAAAUCAGCUGUCGAUGAAGUUGAGCGCGGAGCUUGGCGGAACAAUUUCAUAUCACUUUUUUUGUUAGCUACAUCAGUGAGCACAUUUGCGUGUGCAAAUGUGUAAAUAAAGAGUUGUGGAAACCACUGAUAUUUCAACCCACAGCUCGCCAAAAUAUUUGAUAGGUGUAAAACAUCCGUACCAAAAACCAAGGAAAACAAAACGCAUUGUUAUUAUUUCCGUCUGGCGUUACCAUUUCUUCCUCGUCUUCCUCGAGCACAGCAACGUUUCAAGUAGAGUUAGCAGUUGGUUUUUGGGAUUUUGUUAGGUCAACAAAUUGCAUCGAGCUGCUUUUUAGCAUUUUGUUCAACACUUUACAACCACCGCGUGGUUGAGAAGCAGCGCUAAGCUUUAAAAAGAUCAUAGCUAUAAGCUUUACUUUGCUUGAGAAACAGAAAACGUAUAUCGAUUUUAAACCCCUGCUGCGAUUGCCUUGUUUAUGUGCUGCACUACGCAGCAGGCAAUGUGCACGUGCUUUAAUGCGCAGUCCUUUGCCGGAAAGUUUCGAAAAUCAUUAGCCCCGAAAUUAUUCAGAAUGAUUGGUUCAUUCAUUUAAGGUAAUUAAGCAUUAUGGAUGGAUGAUUCUAGCUAAUAUGAAACGUAAAAAAAACGACUUCGAAAGAGGAGCAAAUAACGCGCGUAAUGCCCGAAAAUUGCUUUUAACGGAGUAAUUGUACGUUCACAUUGCGCGUUGUGUAAAAUAAUUACACCAAUAGACUGUAAUAAUCGACGCGGUGGGCUCUUGGAAAAUAUGCGAGUAUCGUUAGAGAUAAUGUAAAUAUUCUUCUUAUUUACUAGAUCGGUCGGUUGUUUUUCUUGUAAUUUUCACCUGAAAGGGAACAUGUAAACAUAUGAUAAAUGCCAUGCUUUACAACUAGUAAAGAGUCACCCUGUGUUAUUUUACCAACAACAAGCUCCGCCAACUGGCUGUCAAACUUCCAAACAAAGAGCAAACUGUAAACAAAGGGGCGUACGAGUGGUUACAAGACUAACAGUGAUGUCGAUGGGAAUGGUUAUUGCGAGGCCGGAUUGCACUACCCGAUACGGAUAAUUUAAUUUAAAUAAAGCAGCACCGCAUUGCUACACCAUGGCGGCGCAGGACGAGAGGGAGCCCCUCAUUACACCCGCACUGCCGGCGAACCGAUCCGGCUAUGGCACGGUUGAAGAUGCACGUGACGCAAUGUCCAAGUUCGUGGUAAACAACGUGGCCGGCGAGUCUGGCCGCAAGCUGCCACAGUACAUUGCCGGACUGGCGGCGUCCGGCGGUGCACUGGCGGCCGGCACAUUUCUCGGCUGGACGGCCCCGACCGACAAACCGCUCACGGUCGAGGGCGAGUACGGGUUCCCGGUGUCGGACGAGCAGUUCUCGUGGGUCGGUUCGAUCUCGAACCUGGGUGCGGCCCUGAUGUGCUUCCCGAUCGGCUACAUGAUGAAGCUGAUCGGGCGCAAAUGGUCCAUGCUGGCGAUGGUGCUGCCGCUCGUGCUCGGCUGGCUGCUGAUCAUCUUUGCGGAGAACGUGGCAAUGCUGAUGGUCGGCCGGUUCUUCCUCGGCGUCGGGGGCGGUGCGUUCUGCGUGGCGGCACCGACGUACACGGCGGAGAUAGCGCAGCCGUCGAUUCGCGGUACGCUCGGCACGUUCUUUCAGCUGAUGGUGACGGUUGGCAUACUGUUCGUGUACGCGGUGGGCGCCGGCGUCGACGUGCAGGUGCUGAGCAUUAUCUGCGGCGUGAUUCCGCUCGUGUUCGGUGCGAUCUUUUUCUUCAUGCCCGAAAGCCCGUACUAUUUCGUGGAAAAGGGACGGUACAGUGAAGCGGCCAGCUCGCUGAAAUGGCUCCGGGGCGCCCAGUACGACGAGAAUGCGGAGAUCGAAGACCUGAAGCAGGCGGAUGAGAAGGUAAAGGCGGAAGCGAUCCCGAUGCUGGUGGCCUUCCGGCAGAAGGCGACCGUGCGCGCCCUGGCCAUCUCGCUCGGGUUGAUGUUUUUCCAGCAGCUUUCCGGCAUCAACGCGGUCAUUUUCUACAACUCGGCCAUCUUCGCCAGCGCUAACGGGGGCAAGGAGAUGAGCUCGGCGUCGAUCAUCGUCGGCGGCAUCCAGGUGGUGGCGACGCUGCUCGCCUCCGUCGUGGUGGAUAAGGUCGGCCGGCGCAUCCUGCUGCUCGUGUCCGACCUGAUGAUGGCGGUGUCGACCAUACUGCUCGCGGUGUACUUCCAGCUCAAGCAGGACGACCCGGCCAAGGUGGACGACCUUAGCUGGCUGGCCGUGCUGGCGGUCUGCCUGUUCAUUGCCAUGUUCUCGAUCGGGUACGGCCCGGUGCCGUGGCUGAUGGUGGGCGAGCUGUUCGCGAACAAUGUGAAAGCGUUCGCCAGCCCGGUGGCGGGCGUGUUCAACUGGCUGCUCGCCUUCCUCGUGACGAAGGUGUUCACCAACCUGAAGGACGCGAUGGGCGAGGCGGGCGUAUUUUGGCUGUUCUCCGGCAUCUCGCUGCUCGGUACGGUGUUUGUGUUUUUGGUCGUGCCGGAAACGAAGGGCAAAUCGUUGAACGACAUCCAGCGGUUACUGGCGGGCGAGAAGCUGAACGCCGACGAACCGGCCGGACUGCCCGAGCCGAGGGACGAGCGGGAUGAGCGACCGGCGCAGGUGGCAUGAGCAUGAGGGACCGGGGCUAGUAGUGGUUACAUAUUCCGUAAGGUUUAGUUCUUUUUUUAUAUUUUGAGUGUGUAUAAUCGUCGUGUUCCAUCGAUGUGAUAUGUAGAACAAAAAGGGAUGGGAGAUCAUAACGGCCACCUUUGGUCGGGGCGAACCUGAACAUAGGCAACGCCAAAGUGGGGGAAACGUAGGAGUAGGAGCGACUGAUUCGAGGCAGCAUUGAAUGGAAAAUAGCUUAAAUCACUAGACAAGUAUGGGUAAUGACGACAUUUUAAAUUAAACAAUAGUACAAGAUACGA